UUUAAUUCUUUCCUGUGUAUUUAUCAGCCUGAGCAUUUAUGGGGAAGGGCGAAAGGAACAUGGAAUUCUUCCCUUCCAGUUUCUGGGAGGGAAACUGGCAGAAUUUCAGAGUUUCUUUCCCCUCUCAGGAAGGUGGACAUGAACGGAUGUGAGCUGAUGGAAAAGCAGCAGCUGUUGGCAGCAAAGGAGGAGGCAAAAUUGGCUGAAGAGGAGACAAGAUGGUACAAGAUAAGACUUGAAGAAUGUCACGGGCAAAUGCGGGAAGCAGAGAUCAUUUGGAGACACCAGGUCACUCUUGCCGAGAAGAAGGCCCAAGACAGCUCACUCAGGGCUCAGGAGCUGGAGAGGGAAAUCUCUGAAUUGAGAAGGGAAAACUCUGACCUGAGAAGGGAAAACUCUGACCUGAGAAGGGAAAACUCCUCUGAGCUGAGAAGGGAAGUUGCCCACCUGAAACAGAGAUUGGAUGCAAUCUGCAGACGGAGGCAGGCAGAGGAAUACAUGAGGCAGGAUCCCACUCCAGGAGGACCGUACAGGCUUCACCCUCCCCUGAGAGGUCACCCCGUGAGCCGGAGGGCCCCAAACUUUACGAGGACCAGCCUGCCUGGCCUGCCCGGAGUGCGGCCCGUCGUCGCCCAGGUGGGCACUUGCACCAGGUCCCCCUUGGUGCCCUGUGCAACCUCGCCCCCCACCGCCAGCUGCUCCGCUCGGUAA